ACGAGCCGCUUGAGUAAUCCCUGACUUUAGCUGCCUGUCCCGACGUCUGAGACUUCGUUAUGUUUGUUGAGUGUUUUUGCAGCGAUUCAUCGAUGCACUGUUGACAAACUGUUUUCCACGUCAGCGAGGACCAAACAGCUCGCGCCGCAGUAAGUCUUGAGGUCGACACCAUGGGGACCCGGAGAGUGCUGGUUACUGGUUGCUCCUCUGGUAUUGGCUUGGCUGUGGCAGUACGCUUGGCCAAGGAUCAGACUAAACGGUUUAAAGUAGUUGCCACAAUGAGGGAUCUUGAGAAACGUGGCCCUUUGGAAAAAGCAGCAGGUGAUUUAUUAAAUAAAACCCUGGUGAUCCAAAAGUUGGAUGCCUGCUGCGAAGAAUCCAUCAAAGAGUGCAUCAACAGCAUCCCUAACCGACAAGUGGAUGUCCUCGUGAACAAUGCAGGCAUUGGCAUGAUUGGACCACUGGAGUGCCAAAGUAUUACCUCAAUCAAAGAGCUCUUUGAAGUCAAUUUCUUUGGCCUGGUGCGAUUGGUGAAAGAGGUGCUGCCAGACAUGAAGCAAAGGCAGAGCGGCCAUAUUGUGGUGAUGAGCAGUGUUAUGGGAAUACAAGGACUUCUGUUCAAUGACGUCUACUCUGCGUCCAAGUUUGCUGUGGAAGGAUUUUGUGAAAGUCUGGCAGUGCAAGCAAUGAAAUUCAACAUCAAGACUACACUGGUGGAACCUGGUCCCGUGAUAACAGAGUUUGAAAGAAAAGUGUAUGAGGAAGCAGAGAACAUAGAUCUGUCUGAGACAGACGAGGAGACAGCCAGGAUCUUUCGUGACAUUUAUCUUCCAUACUCUAGAAAGGUCUUCACAACAUUAGGCCAGACACCAGAGGAUGUGGCCGAGCAAAAACAAAAAGUGAUUACAGCUAAGGAGCCUCCUCUACGGCACCAGACCAACCGACUCUACAUGCCCAUGACUGCACUAAAGCAUGCAGAUCCCACUGGCAGACUUCCUCUGGAAGCUUUCUAUAAAAUGAUCUUUAAACAUGACACUGUUUUUAAUGCCACUUUGGGGAUUCUGCGCAUGAUGAAUCGGAGGAAGGGGAAUAAGUAAUAAUUUAAUGGAAGUAGAUGCAAUAGUUGAUUAGGGUUACUGCAGUUAUUCCUCUUUUAUGUUUAACAUUCAAAUUCUGAAUUUCUGACAAGUUGUAAAAAAAUAGAUCUUUUAUUAGCUUUGACACCCUUUAAAAGAGGAUUUCAUGAUUUUAAUUGUUUUGAACAUAUAGACUGGAUGUAUGUGAUCCUCGAACUUUGUUCAUUAGAAACUCAGGUGUUUUUUCCCCUUAACCCUUCAAAGCCAAAUCAAAUAAAUUGAUCUAUACUUUUUUUUUUUACAUUUAAUUUGUGUACCAUUAAAAAAUUACUUCUAAGGUGAAUAAAAGUGGUGCAAAAGGACACAAGAUUAGCCUAGAAUUAAGAAAAAAGUCAUUUUUUAAAAAUUGAAAUAUUUACACAAGAAAAGAAAAGGUUAACAUUUUAGAAACAUAUUUAUCUCGAUAUAUAUGUGGCGCAUCAUGGAGUUAAAUUCUAGAAAAAGUUCUUUCUGGGAUAUGGCUAGAGGAUUGUUUAGAUCAUUUCUAAAAUGUAUGUCAGCACAUUUUCAUUCUGAGCCUAAAUCUGGAUGAGAGUUUCCAUUGUGUGCUUUCUCAGUUUUUAUUAUUAUUAUUUAUUUUUUACAUAAAAAAAAUAUUAACUCACAGUGUAUUUCACAGACUGUUAAAUGGAGGACAGUUUUACAAUGUUAGCAAUGUGUUACAUUUGAAAGAAAAUCGAUCAUUUUAAAUGGAACAAAGGUCUAUGGCCUUUAUCUUCCAGUGCGACAAAGUAAAGUAAUCUACUGCUCAAA